AUGCAUUAUGCGGAGAAGCACUCAAUUUAUGAACUUGUUCAAAGACUACUGAAACUCUUGAUAAUAGACCGUCCUGUAGAUCCUAUAUCAUACCUCAUUGAAUACUUGGAAAAGGAUAUUGGAGAUGUUCCUUCUAUCUUCAUAUUUGGGCCAAAAUUCGUUGGUAAAAGCAGACUGGCUGCCAUGCUAAAGGAGAAACUGCAGUGUGUUGCACUGAACCGAGAGGAGAUAUACAGCCUAUGUUCAGAUAGAAAAGGCGCUUCCCCGCAAGAAUUGGCUGUUGCUUUAAAAAAGCGACUUAGAGAACCAGAUUGUGAAUCAAAAGGUUAUAUUGUUGUUGACUUUCCAAAGUAUGAAAGUGAAGCCAGAGCACUUAGACGUGAAGGAAUAUUUCCUGAAUAUGCAAUAUUUCUUGAGGCUCCUUUGAUCACAUUGAUUGAAAGAGCAUCUGGAGAGAGGAUGGAUCCGGAGACUGGAGAUCUAUAUAAUUUGAUAUACAAUCCACCAGUUACUUCAGUGAUCGAAAGACGUUUAGUUAAAAUUCCAGAAAAUAAUGAAGAGGAGAUUCGAAAACAGCUUUGUGAAUACAGCAGAGAAGUGGUUUUAUUAAAGAAUAUAUAUUCAAGUGUUGCCUAUGAGCUCAAUGCGGACCAACCAAUCACUGAUGUGUACUCCUGUGUCGUAGCAAAAGUCAAUCAGCCACAUCGUAGUAUUGCUCUAAAAACUCCUAGAAUAAUCCUACUUGGUUAUCCUGGAUCUGGUAAAAGCACUCAAGCAAAUUUAUUGGCUAAGAAGUAUGGAAUUAUUCCAGUCGAUUGUAGACAACUUGUACUUCGAGAAAUCGCGAAUCAAUCUUCGACUGGGAAUAUUAUGAAAACGUAUGUUCACAAGGAUCUGCCGGUUCCAGAUGCGAUUAUUUCUGAAGUAGUAAUAAAAAGGCUAAAUGAAAUAGAUUGUGUCACGUAUGGCUGGACACUUUUUGGUUAUCCACGUACGCGUCAACAAGCUGAGCUUCUUUCUGUCAAGGAAUUAGCACCAAACAGGGUUAUUCUACUUGAUAUUCAUCAAUCGUGUGCAUCGGAAAGACUUUCUGGACGUAGGAUUGAUCCCGUCACUGGUACACGUUUUCACACCUUAUUUGAACCAGCAGAAGAUUUGAGUAUCAGUCAACGCGGUUUACAGCAUCCAAACGAUCAAGAAUGUGUUGUUGGUGCUAAACUAGCAAGGUUUAUUGCACAUCGUGAUGAUAUUAUAGACUAUUAUGAUUCAUGUGUUAUAAGAGUGCAUGCUGAUCGAGAUGUGCAUACUGUAUUUGAAGAAAUUGAAUCUGCCAUUGAUCGAAUAGAAAUUCUGAUUCGUAAACCUGAUCCAGUUUUGAUAAAAUAUGCUCGAACACAUCAUUUAUAUGAAAUUUUUGAGGCACUUUUAAGUGGUCUGAGCGUUAUGUUGCCAGAAAAUCCUCGCCGUUGGAUAGCUGAAAAACUCCAACUUUUUUAUGAUAUGGGAUAUAUUAGCUUGAAUUGGGAUACUUUUAUUGAUCCGGAUAUGAAACCUUCUCAUCCAUACGUUGAUCAUGAAUUAAUGCACUCGCUGUUUGGCACAGCGAAACUGGAGUUUAUUUCACCAGAAGAUCUACGUUAUCAACCUACACCUGAAAUGAUAGCGAAAGCCUUUGCUGCUCACAAACAGUCAUUGUUAAGAAAAUGUUUCAGUGCUUGGAAAUUAUUUUUUGUCAUUAAACGAGCUCGAACAACUUACAUGUACAAAAUAAACUUCAUCGCAGAACGGAGUAUGAAAUCUAGAAAAUUAAAAAAUAUUUUUCAUGCAUGGCAAGAAUAUACGCAUUUUGUGAAAAAUAAACAAAAAAUGGCGCAAUCUUUAAUAUCUCACAUCAAAGUAUUCAUCAUGACAAUGCUGUACUUUAAAGCCUGGCGCAGGACUGUAGCAGAAGCACGGAAAACAAGGGAUUACUUUUCAAAAAUGCUUGCUGGUACUCAUGAUUCUGGAGAGAAGUCAGAUUCAGAGUCUGAAAGUCAAUUAUUUGUUUUAGGCGGUAAACUAAGUGAAUCGGAGAAUUACCAUGACCGACUAGCUGAACUACCUGAUACGAUAAAGGAUAAAAUUUUUGAAUACUUGACACCCAUAGAUUUAGCUCGAGCUGCCUGUGUAUCCCGUUACUGGAUGUCUGCAGUAAGUGAAUUAGAUAAGAAAAAUCGUUUGGACUUGUCGUGUUUUAGUGGAAGCAGAUUAACAGAUGAAAUAUUGGUCAAACUGACCCGAAAGCGCAGAGCAUAUUUACGUCAUAUCAAUUUGCGCUGUACUCAUCUGCCUACAAUAAAUUCAUUUCGGGCUUUAGUUAGUUGUGCCAAUCUGCAGGAUAUAAAUUUAACUAAAUGUAUUGGAAUCACGAAUGACGCAAUUCGUUUGAUUUCGACAGAAUGCUGUCUACUUCUUUACUUAAAUUUAUCAUAUACUCAAAUAACUGACGAUGCUAUUCGUCACUUAGCAAAUACGAAGAUGUUACAAUAUUUGAGUUUGGCGUACUGUACACAUUUAACGGAAGUGUGUUCAGCUUAUUUUAGUCAACUGGAAUGCUUUAAAUCAUUGAAAUAUUUGGAUUUAUCUGGUUGUGCUCAAGUUACAUCACUUGGUUUACAAACUAUCAUAAAAAGUUUGAAACAUGUGGAGCAUUGGAUACUGAAUGACAUCCUAUGGAUUUCAGACAGUGAUGUCUUGGUUUUAGGUUCCAACUGUCCUGUAAUUCAAACUGUGGAAAUGGUCAUUAAUCAAAGUAUAACCUUGACGGAUUCGAAACCUAUUCCAAAAUUAUAUAGUCAUCCGGAAAAAUCAGCUCCUGUUGGUUCGACUUUACAAGUAAAACAGAAAAAAUGUCGUCCUAUAACGUGCGUUGAACUGUCCACGAAACAAAGUGAUGAAGCGAAGACAAAUUCAUUCAUGUAUACUGGUAAUCUUAUCACCGACCAAGGUCUACAAUCAAUAUGCGGUAAGCAUCUAAAAAGGUUUCUGGUUUCUAAUCUGAAUGGAUGUCAUGGAUCUGGAAUGGUCGUCAUUAUGCCGAAAGAUAUUUCAUCAAGAAGAUAUUCUGGUAGUAAAACUCAUCGUACAUCAAGUCGUAGCUCCACCUUACUUGUAAAUGAAGGUGUAAACUUACGUGAACUUUCGUUUAUAAACUGUCCAAAAAUGUCUGAUAUUCUACUUCAGUACUUGAUAUAUCUGCCGCACUUAACAAUAUUAAACUUAACUGGAUGCGAAAGUCUCACAGAUCAUGCUAUAAAGUUGCUAACUGAUGGUCAGUAUGCAAACUGUUUACGAGAAUUGUAUUUAACACGAUGUAAUAAGCUGACAGAUAAAGCGAUUAAUUCAAUGAAUGGCAAACUACCUAGUUUAGCCUACUUGAGUUUGGCGUCAUGUCCACUUAUUUCUGAUGGAGCUUUUGAAUUAUUAAAUCAGUUCCAACAACUAUGGCAAAUUAACUUGAAUGCCACCAAACUUGGUGAUCGGGGUUUAUCUGCUCUUGGAUCAUUACCUAAACUCCAUGAACUCAAAGUUUCCAAAUGCACUGGUAUCACAGAUUUAGGAUUACAGAAGUUUGCUCAUCUUGGUAUCAACUUAGAAUAUAUUGAUCUAUCAUUCUGUAAUAAAUUGACAAACAACGGAGUUAAAACAUUAGCAUUUUGUUGUCGAUAUAUUGUCGGUUUAAACUUGGCUGGAUGUACUCAGCUUACAGAUAUGGCGAUACAGUAUAUAUCAGGAGUGUGUCAUUAUUUGAAAUUUCUUGAUCUAUGCGGUUGCGAAUUAAUCACAGAAACAUCUUUGAGUCACCUUAGGAAAGGCUGCAAGAAGCUUCAACAUCUUCGACUUUUAUACUGCAAGUCGAUUACAAGGCGAAAACUAAUUCGUUUAACAACUGGACGAAUCGAGAAAGUUGAAUUUUCAACGGACAAUCCACCAGAUGAUUUUAUCUUACGUUCAACAGAAGAAGACUAAUAAUUUUGAAUAUUUGUAAAUUUCCUACAAAUUACGUAGUCUUUGUUUUUGUUUUCUGUUUUCCUAGUUCAACAGUAUUUCUACAACUUCAUUUUAUAACGUUUGUAGUUACAUUGUUGUAUUUUUGAUAUGUCCUACUUGUUUAUCAUUGAUUUUUCUUAAAAAGAUAUGCCACUUGUAGGAUCUGUAGCUUUUACAUCCCUGUUUUAUUUUCGGGAAAAUGUUUUUAAACCUAGAAUCAAAAAAAAAUGUUUUUAUGCUUGAUUUCUCCAAG